GCAAGGGAGUCCCAAUAAUCUAAAGCAAUCUGUAAGGACCUGACCUUAGUCCAUCCAGAUCAAUAGAAGAAGGGGAAGAAGGAGAAGAGGAAGAGAGCGGAUCAUUCGCGCUGGAAAUACUCUUGCUUCCCUCCGCUCGCACCUUCCCUCGGCCCUCAUGCUUUCCACACUCUAACAAACCAACAAAAAAGUGGAUAUUCCGACUUCUCGUUCGCUCCCGUCUCCGCCGCCGGCUGCCAUGUCGUUCCCCCAGCUGGGCUACCAAUACAUCCGGCCCGUGUACCCUCCGGAGCGCCAGGGUAUGGCCGGCAACGCCCGGAACGCCGCCGCAGCAGCAGCCGCCGCGGCCGCUGCCGAGCUCAGUCCGUCGGGCGCGCUCUCCAACGUGCUCUCGUCUAUGUACGGAGCCCCGUUCGCCGCUGCGGCAGCGCAGGGCUACGGUGCCUUCCUUCCUUACUCCAACGAUAUCUCCAUUUUCAACCAGCUGGGUGCCCAGUACGAACUGAAGGACAGCCCCGGCGUGCAGCACGCCGGUUUCGCCCACCACCACCCGGCCUUCUACCCGUACGGCCAGUACCAAUUCGGUGACCCAUCCCGGCCCAAGAACGCCACGCGGGAGAGCACCAGCACCUUGAAAGCCUGGCUCAGCGAGCACCGCAAGAACCCAUAUCCCACCAAGGGUGAGAAAAUAAUGCUGGCCAUCAUCACCAAGAUGACCCUGACCCAGGUCUCGACUUGGUUCGCAAACGCCCGCCGGAGGCUUAAGAAGGAAAACAAGAUGACGUGGGCACCUCGGAAUCGAACCGACGAGGAGGGCAACGUCUACCCCAGCGACCAUGAGGGUGAGGAAGGCGACAAACGGGAGGACGAGGAGGAGAUCGACCUGGAAAACAUCGACACGGAAAAUAUCGAGAGCAAGGACGACCUGGAUGAGCAGGACGACCUGCAUUCGGAACUCAAACUUGACGCGAGGAGCGACUCGGAGGGUUCGGACGGCUAUGAGGAUUUACCCGAGCAGAGGUUUCUCAAGGCGGGCCUACACCACCAUCACCACCACCUCCAGAUUCACCACCGCGGCUCCUCCCCGUUGGAAAUCAAACCUGACGGGGACAAACUGAACUCGGGUCCGGUCAGCUCCCCGCCCUCAGAGAACAGUCAAGCGCCGGCCCAGAAACCAAAGAUCUGGUCCCUGGCGGAAACGGCCGCGGCCCCGGACAACCCGCGCAAGUCCCCGCAAGUGACUCCCACCCCCCCGGCUUCCCACCAGCAGCACGGCCUCAUGGCUCCGCACAGACUUAUCGCGUCAUGUCCCGCAAUGGGGAAGAUCCAGACUUGGACGAACCGAGCAUUCUCGGCGCAUCAGCUGGCUCUGUUCAACUCCAACCACUACUUAGGCCUGGCUAACCAGGCCGGAGGCGGCCUAGCGCUGUACGCGGGCGGCAGGCACACGGAGGACAAGGGGGCCGGCGCUGGUGCUGGUGCGGACUCUGCCCUCACAGGUACCGGUCCACGACACUGAGAACCACCGCGUGUUGGUGCGUGAGUGAAUGUGUCUACUCGCAAAAGACUCCAAAGCCCACCACUUCCACUAAUUUUGUUCUUUUUUUCUCUUUUACUAUCCCUUUUUCUCCCCUGGUGAUAGAUCUUUUUUUCCCCUGUAGGCCACACACAAUGUGCGUGCGUCCAUUGGGGUGUGUGUGUAAUUGCGUAUGUGUGUGUGCGUGCAGACCAGAAAGCAUUUACAAAUAACGAUAAUAAUAUUAUUAACGUCCCUUUUUUUCUUUGUACUUUUCGUGCUCCAUGCUCCAGUUUUUGUGCAUUAUUAUAAUUGUUUACAAUGUAAGCCAGCAACUGUCCAAUGCAUAGGUAUGUUUUAUAAUAUGCAGUCAUUACAAUUUAAAUUUUGGUGGCUAUCCAAGAGGGAAUGUUUAGUGCCUUUUGGCUGCAAAAAAAAGUUUUUUCUUUUCUCGAGAAAUAAUGUCUAUUCAUUCUCGUUUGUUUUUGCAAACUUUUCUUUUCAAAAACAAAUUGUCACUUUUUGUUUUUCCGAUUUUCUUUUUUUUAAUUCCCAGGCCUCUUCUGCCUUUUUGUUGUUGUUUUCAAUCUGAAUAUGGAAUGUAAAAUAGAUAAUAAUACCAUCUGUGUAUAGCUACAUUGUAAGCAUGUCCUGUGUAAAAAACGAAAAAGGAAAAAAACUUGCUAAUGUUAAAAUGUAUGACCCCUGUGUGUAGUCUGUGAGUUUUUUUUUUUUUUUUUUUUUGCUUCCCCUUUUUUAUUUGUGAGGAUUUGAUGUUGUUAUUUUUUUGUAUAUAAAGUUAAUAAUAUGUACAUACUUGUGAACCAAAAUUGUACAAGAAAAGUCUAUAUUUUUGGCUAAUAAUAAAUGAAUUGCUGCAACUUUAAAGAGGACAACUUGUCUUGAAAGUCAGUUUUACUCGGAAAAAAAAAUAUUCUUAAUAUGCAUUUUCAGUGGAGGGACUUAGAGCUAAUUAUA